AUGUUAGUUAAAUUGACAGCCAAGAACCCAAACGCUGUUGCACAUUGUGCUGUGGAUUUGGAAAAUUUGAUUUCAGAUCAGAAUCGCUCUGUUGCUACAUUGGCAGUUACUACUUUACUUAUUACAGGAGCUGAAAGAUCUAUAGAUCGUUUAAUAAAGCAAGUGUCUGGAUUUAUAUCGAAAAUAUCAGAUGAAUUUAAAAAUGUAGUUAUCCAAGCAAUCAGGCGCAUGUUUUCAAAGUAUCCACGUAAACAUCUAUUUUUUUUUAUCUGGAAUGAUAAGAAAAAAAGCGGACUUCAGUAUAAAACAGCUAUCGCUGAUGCGAUUAUAGCUCUAGUCGAAGAGAACCCCGACGCAAAAGAAACAUGUUUAGCCCAUCUUUGCGAGUUCAUUGAGGAUUGUAAACGUGCAUGUUUAGUUGUGCGUAUACUUCAUGUUCUUGGUCGAGAAGGACCCAAAGCUCGCCAACCAUCUAGGUAUAUUAGGUAUAUUUAUAACCAAGUAAUACUGGAAUCCGGCGCUGUUCGUGCUGCUGCAGUAACAACAGUAGCUCGUUUUGGAGCAACUCGACCAGAACUUCUUCCAAAUAUACGUGUGUUAUUAACUCGGAGUCAAUUGGAUGAUGAUGAUGAAGUACGGAUAGAGCUAUUUACUAUAGUGCUAUCUUAG